AUGGAAUCCCCCACACCUGCAGCUGCUGCGCUGGAAGCUGUGUACGACCAACUGCGACUGGUUCAAGGACAACGACUUGCGCUUGAUGCGCUGUAUAAGGACCUGCGCCUGCGACUCAAGCAGACCAUUCUGGUGGAACGGGAGCUGCUCGAUAAGGUCGAUGAUGCCUGGCGGGACUGGAAUCGCGAGGCCGUGGCAGCUGCCAUGGAUCGCGAGCGGCAACGCCGGCUCGACACGCCCUCGUCUGCCCCUCCAGAUGGAGUCUCUCCGCUCGCCUCGGUCGUCGAGCACGAGUUGAAGGAAAAGGCGAGCCGCUUGCGGGCCCGGCUGGAUGCCGAGAUUGAGCGCGAGCGGCGCAUGGCCGAGUCCGAUCUGGACACCGUUCUCGAAGCCCGAGACUCGGAUGACUCGCACUGGGACAUGAAGGAGGAGCUGGUGCGCAAGGCCAAUGCCAUGUGGGCCUCGCGUGCUGCGCUGUCCGAGGCCAAUCGUCGGGUCCGUGCCGCUGCCGACGUCGACUCGGUCGAUCUUCCCGCCCUCGAGCCCGAGGUCAAGGCCGAACUUGUCCGCAAGUCGUCCGAGGUUUUCCGCCGCAUGCAAGACGAGGCGGUACGUGAGGAGCGGAUCCGCGAUGCGCUCGAGGCUGACGCCAACGAGCGCGCUGCGGCGGCGGCGGCUGCCGAUGCCGAUGCCGAAGCUGAGCGCGAGCGACGGCUGGCAGCCGACGCCAAGGCGGCGGCUCAGGACGAGCUCGUCCGCCGUCGGGCCCAGGCCGUGGCCGAUGCCCAAGCCGCUGCCGAGCAGCUCCGUCGCGUCGAGUCGGAUGAGCUCAGACUCGCCCGCGAGAACGAGGUUCCAGGCGCCGAGCUCGUCCGCCACGACCUUGUUUCGGCCGUCAACCGCCGCGCCGCCCGCAAGCUCUACGAUGCCGAGGCCGCCGCCGCCGUCGAGUCGAAGAUCCGUGCCGCCGGCUCGCGCUCAAUGUCUACCGCGCUGCUGGAGGAGAUCGAGCGAACGGCGGGGCGGCUUUAUGUACUCCGCCGCGCUGACGCCGAGCAGGCACGUCGCGAGGCCGAGGACAGCGGCCCGGCCAUGGACGACGCCGCGCUCCAGCUCCGCGAAGACGUCUCCCGCGCCGCCGCCGCCCGCGCCGCUACCAUCGCCGCCGAAGAGGAGCGCCUGCGCCGCCUCCGCGAGGUGUUUGAGGAGGAAGAGGCGGCACGUGCCGAGGCCGGAGCUGAGGCUAUCGCCGCCAUGGAAGCCGAGCGGGAGCGACGGGUGGCUGAGGAAAUCGGCUCGUCCGCUGCCGCCGACGCCGCGCGUUGCGCCGCUCGUAACGCCGCCCGCAACGCCAUGGAUGCCGAGCAAGCACGCAGGCUGGCGGAGGCCCAUCCACCAAAGACGCUUGAUGCCGAGACCGCCGAGGCACUUCUCCGUGCCGCCGGCCAGGCCUAUGCCACCCGCGCCAUGGACGCCGAGCAAGCGCGCAGGCUCGCGGAGCUCGACGCGCAAGAGGCGUCGGCCCGCGCCGAGCUCAGCGCGCUCGCGGUGCAAAUGGCCGAGACCGAGCGACAGGCACGAGUGGCCAUGGCCUCGCGCGCCGAGCUGGUGGCCACGCUCGAACGUCGGGCCGCACAGGCCGAGGCUCUGGAAGCCAUCGAGUCUGAGCAGCUCCGCCGGAUAUACUCGGGCGAGGGUGGGCCGCACCCAGUGGCUCAGUCAGCCGAGGCCGUCCGCGAGCUCGCGCGGCGGGUUGCCGAGCGCAACCAGGCCCCAGCGGCAGGCCUCUCCCUCUCGCGAUCGCGCGAAGAGCUAGUGACGCGUGCAGAGCGGUUGAGUGUUCGCCAUGCCGCCGAGGCUGAGCGGAAGCGGCGCGUCGACGCCCAUGCGGCGGCGGCUGACGCCGCUUGCAACGAGGCAGCCGCCUCGCGCGCUGCCGCCAUCCGCGCCGCGGAGACCAGUCGUGCCGAGGUUGCGGCAGCCGCGAAUCAUACAGCGGUGAUCGAGGAGCUUGAACGCGUGCGCGGCCGUGCGGCCGCCGUUGCCGCGAUGGAGGUCGCUCGCUCCGAGCGGAGCGCUCUCGCAGCACACGCAAGCGUCCAAGAGCAGCUCGCCGUGGCAGGGAGCCGAGCGCGGGCAGGACAGCUCUACUCGACCGGCGUCGCCGAGGCCUCGGUCCUUUCACCACGAUCGCACAUGCAGGCCGCAGCCUCGUUUGGUGCCGAGUUUGGCGACGUUCACAGCCAGUUGCAGCGGCUAGCGGCGGGCGCCGAGGCGCGCGCGGCGGCCGAGCUCGCUCGCAGCGAGCGCGCGCAGCAAGCGGCCGAGCUCGAGACGUACCAUCGGGCCGAGGCCCGGGCUACUGCUGCUGCCGCCGCCGAGGCCGAGUGCGUCUUCCGCAUCGCCCGUGACUCUCGGACCGAGGUGAACGAGGACGUGCUACGCGCGCUGGCGCGGCGGGCUGCCGUCCGCGACAUGGAGCGAGAGCGGCGCGAGCGGAUGUCCGCGCUCGACUCGACACUCCCGCCGCCGCACUCGCCGCGGUGGUACGCCCGGGCGGAGGCGCUCGAGCGGCGGGCGAACCAGUUCCAGGCCCGACGCCUGGUGGCGCAGGAGCAGGCCGCCCGCGCCGCUGCUGCUGCUGCCGCCUACGACUUUAUUGACGAUCCUGCGCUCUCGCUCGACGUUAAGCUGCAGCUGAUGGAGGAGGUUAACCGCCGCGAGGCGAGACAGUAA